AUGCAAACGAAUCCUUUAAAAGAGGCCUUCGUGAGAACAGGUACCACCAUGGACUACUCAUGUACCCAAGAAAGUGGUCGAUCUUCCUCCUCCCAAAUAGCAAGACGACGUACGUGGAGCCGGCGUGAGGAGUCUGCCCUAAUAGAUAUCUUGAAAGACAUGGUUAUCGAGGGAUGGAAGGCAGAUAAUGGGUUUAGGCAAGGAUAUAAUUUUGAGAUUGAGAAAAGAUUGAAGUUGAAGAUACCAGACUGCACCCUUCAAGCUGAACCACACAUCAGCUCAAAAAUACAUGUGUGGAUGAAGAACUAUAGGAGUGUGGCACUCAUCAAAGGAACUUCAGGCUUCGGGUGGAGUGAGUUGACAAAAAAUUUUUCCUGCGACGAUAAAGUUUGGACACAAUGGGUAAAGGUAAAUUAUGAUACCCAUUCAUCAUGGGAUAGCUUGAAUGGGAUUGCUUGUAGGCUUGGGUUUGAGCAUGAGGCGGAGAAGAAAAGAAAUGCCGUGUUUGACUCAUUGUCUAAUAUGCAUUUUCUGUCAAAAGAGGAUAAAAUGAUUGUCACGAUGCGCUUAUGUAAGAAUCAACAGGAGUUGUCAAUGUUUUUCAGCCUAUCCAUGGAAGAUAAAGCUAUCAUGGUGAAAAUGAUGCAGGAUGGACGUUUCUCCCUUUUUUUUUUUCUAUUUUGUUGUGACUACAAUCAGGGGAUGGACAACAUGGAUGUUGACGGUGACGGUCCUCAUUUCUUCAAGGCUGUUCAGUUUCGUACACUCCAUACCAUGGUAAGAUAG